AUGGCGCAGCUCGUCCUGACGCCCACCCUCCUGCCCAAGCUGGCCAGCCUGCUCUCGGCGGAGUACAGCCUCCACCGGGCAGCCAGGGGCGAGAUCAUGUUCCUCAAAGUCGAGAUGGAGAGCAUGCAGGCGGCCCUCAUCAAGGUCUCGCAGGCGCCAAUCGACCAGCCGCCCGACGUCCAGGUCAAGCUCUGGGCCAAGGAGGUGCGGGACCUGUCGCACGAUCUCGAGGACAGCGUCGACAAGUUCAUGGUGCGUAUACGCACCGAUGGGCUAGACAAGGCGCACACCUUCAUGGGCUUCAUCAACAGGAGCCUCAACCUCUUGACGAAAGCCAAGAUCCGCCACAAGAUACUCACCGAUGUCAGGGACAUCAAGAACCGGGUCAAGGAGGUCAGCAAACGGCGUGAGACAUACAAGGUUGACAUCCUUCCUGCUAGGCCACCCGCCACAACCACCGAUAGCCUUCGCCAGCUAGCCUUAUACAAAAAGGCUACUGAGCUCAUUGGCACCGAAGAGAAGAGCAAUAAGCUAGUGGAGAUGUUGAGGAAGGGCGAUGAGGCAUCCGCGAAGCAACUCAAGAUGGUCUCUGUUGUCGGUUUCGGAGGAUUGGGCAAGACCACUCUUGCAAAUGCGGCGUAUCAGAAGCUUAAAGGGGAUUUUGAUUGUGGGGCUUUUGUCUCGGUGUCUUUUACUCCUAAUAUUGAGAAGAUCUUCAAGAACUUACUCCAUCAACUUGACAAGAACUGGUAUCAUAAUAUCAACGAGUCAAACUGGGGAGAAGCAGAACUCAUCACUGAAAUCAGGGAAUACCUUCGGAACAAGAGGUACAUCAUUGUUAUAGACGACAUAUGGGAUAAAUCAGUCUGGGAACAUAUUAGAUGUGCUUUGAUUGAGAAUGAGUAUGGAAGUAGAGUAAUCACCACAACCCGCAUUCUAGAUGUUGCCAAAGAAGAUGGUGAUGUUUAUGAGAUGAAACCUCUUUCUAUCACGGACUCAAAAAAAUUAUUCUACCAAAUAAUAUUUGGAAAGGAAGAUGAAUGCCCUCAUAAACAGUUGAUCGAAGUAUCAGAGAAAAUUUUAAUGAAAUGUGGUGGAGUGCCAUUAGCUAUCAUUACGAUAUCCAGCUUGUUGGCAGAAAGACAUGACAGUGCACACUGGUCCAAAGUGUACCAAUCAAUGGGCACUGGGCUGGAAAAUAAUCCAGAUGUGAAUGGCAUGAGACGGAUAUUAUAUGUUAGCUACUAUGAUCUGCCUGCUCAUCUCAAGAUUUGCUUAUUAUAUCUAAGUUUGUAUCCAGAGGAUUGCAUAUUCAAGAGAAAAUAUUUAAUAUGGAAGUGGGUGGGUGAAGGUUUUAUUCAGCCAAAACAAGGGGAGAGCUUGUAUGAAGUAGGAGAGCAAUAUUUCGAUGAGCUUAUUAACAGAAGCUUGAUCCAGACAGUAAAUAGUGAAUUGUAUUGUGGUUUUGGUUUUUCAAAAAAGAAGGCAAGUCAUUGUCGUGUACACGACAUGGUUCUUGAUCUCAUCACUUAUUUGUCACAAGAAGAGAAUUUUAUGACAACAUUAGGUGGUCAUCAGUAUGAGUCUUUGCCAGUAAAGAUCCGCCGACUAUCCCUCCAUACUAGCAAGCAAGAAGAUGCCAAGGUGCUCUCUACAAUGAACAUGUCCCAUGUGAGGUCACUUACAGUGUUCAAAAAAUCAUUUUCUUUGUUGCCACCACUUUCAAGCUUUCCACUCUUAAGUGCAUUGGAUUUAACCAACUGUAAGCAGGUGGAUGAUCGCCACUCUAUGCUUAUAUGCAAUAUGUUUCACCUGAGGUACUUGUGGCUAUAUGGAACCUAUAUCACCGAGAUCCCAAGAGAGAUUGCAAAUCUUCAACUUUUGCAGGUAUUGGACUUUGGCGAGACUGAAAUAGAGGAGUUGCCAUCAACUUUUGAACAGUUGUGUCAGCUAGUGUAUCUGCGUGUUAAUAGUUGGAUAAGAGUACCAUAUGGCUCUAAGAAUCUGAAAUCUCUACAAGAGUUGAAAUCGGUGAUUGUCAUGUCUCCAUCUGUCCUGAUUGAACUGUCCGGACUGACCGAGCUAAGGUGCCUUGAUAUGAAAGUCAUUGAAUGGAACAAGAGUUUUGAGGAGCCCUUCCAUCACUGUCUAUCUAGCCUCAUCAAUCUCCAAAGCUUAAAAGUAAAUGGUUGUUGUAUCACCGAGGAUCCUGAAUGUGGAAAUUUAUUGCUACCGGGACCUCAGCAGCUUCGUCGCUUCAUUGCACCGUAUUGCAGGGCUUCUUCGGUUCCAAGAUGGAUGUCCUCACUUUCCUGUCUUUCAUACAUUGUAAUCUCGUUGUACACAUUGGGCGAGGAGGACCUUCAUGUCCUUGGUUGCUUACCAUCCCUCCGUCAUCUCAACAUGGAUGUGUGCAGACACACACCACGACAGAGACAAGCAUGGCCAGUCAUUGGUGCUACCAGCUAUCCGUUCAGGUGUCUAACAGAGUUGAGGUACGUUCAACACGCGGAGGUGGUUUUUGCACUGGGAGCCAUGCAGAAGCUCCAGAUUCUCGAGCUGCAUCUCGGAACGCCGGAUACCUUGCAUCAGUUUGGGUAUUUCGAUUUGGGCUUGGAGAACCUCUCUUCGCUUCAACAGAUAACUAUCAGGUUGAGUUUUUCUAAGGAUCGGAAGGAGGAGAUGGAGGCUGCGGAGGCUACACUUCGUAAAGCUCUCGACAUGAAUCCCAACAAGCCCAUAGUGUCCCGUUGCAUAGCACCGUCGAUUCAUUCCGAGCUACAACUAUCACCGAGGUGUGCAAUUUUGGAUUUGGCAUCGCGCUCAAAGUGUUACAAUUGUUCCUUGAAAGGGUCGUGGUGA